GCACGCACAAUCGAAGAACGAUUGCCACCGAUAGCUUGCGACGACGAAUCCGCACGAAUCCAUGAGCCCUCGCACCGCCGAGUCUUCCAGCUCCUCCCGAUCGCCCAGUCGCCCAAUCGCCAUGUCCCAGACGCAGUGCCGCCUGUGAACAAGCACCGUGUGAAGUCCGCAGCCCGCCGUCAGCGGGAGCAGCAGCGUCAGGAGUCCGGAAUCCGUUGCCCGGUUUCCGCAACAGGUUGCGUCGCCUUCGCCAGCAGAAGGGUUCAGUGCGAGCCAAGGCCGAGUGUGGAGUGCGCCCACGCGCCAGGAUGCAGCAGCGCCGCCAGCCGGCGAAUGGCAAUGGAGGAGUGGGUAACGCCACCGCCACCGGCGCCAUCCGUCCGGAGGAGCAGCAGCCAGGAUUGGGCCAGGAUGCUGGCGACAAGGAGGCGAGAAUGCCGGGCAAGGCAACGGGCCGCGGCUGCUACUUCUCGCUGGCCUUCUCCAUUGGAUCGAUGGGCCUGGCCUGCGGCAGCCUGUGGCAGAUACCCAACAGCAGUGACCGCAUCUCGCUGCAGCGCGGCCUGGUGCUCACCUCGCUGGGCUUCAUCUACUUUGUCUCGCUAACGGACUUCUGCAACAAAUAUCUGCUGGAGACGACGCACGGCCAGCGCUUUCGGCGCAAGUACCGCCUGAUGAUGUCCGACGUCCUGGAGAUCACCAACAAAAUCGUAUCGGCCAUCCAGGCGUCAUUCUCCUUCCUCGUGGGACUCAUCGUCUGCAAGUCGACGUGCACCAAGUCCUUUGUAUAUGCAUCCCACUUCUUGAUGGAGGCGUACGGCUGGUUCGGCACCGCCUACUUCAUGUACGACAUCUGGUCGAUGUACAAGGUGCACACGCAGAAGAUCGCCGAUAAGCUGCACCUGCUGCGCAUUACCAAGGGUCAGGGUGCGGUGGUGAGCAAUGGUUACGCCAACGGCAAGGUCAACGGCAAGUCGUCCAGCGGCAACAACAACGGCAGCACUCCCACCAAUCUCCACGAGAUCUGCGACUACGAUGGCGCCUGUGUCCAGAUACCCAAGGACGGCAGAUGGGACUUCCUCAAGUACGUGGUCACGCACCCGGUCAUGAUGAUACACCACGUCUUUAUCGGAACGUUUGGAUUGCUGGUGGUGACGUACAUUCGCGGUGGCGGCCACUGCAUCUACAGCUACAUGUUUAUGAUGGAGUUCUCCACGCCGUUCGUCUCGUUGCGCAGCAUCCUGAGCACCAUGCGCCUCAAGGACUCGCGUGUGUACAUCGCCAACGGGCUGCUCAUGCUGGCCACCUUCUUCGUGUGCCGCGUCUGCAUGUGGCCAUACGUCAUGUGGCGCUACAGCCUGGCCAUUGAGGCUGCGUCCCUGUGGUCGGCCAUGUGUGGUCUGCCACGAGGAUGCCUCAUCAGCAUCGCUAUACUCUUCUUGCCACAGCUGUACUGGUUCUAUCUGAUGGUUUUGGGGGCUCUCAAGGUCUUUCUGCCGCAGAAGAGACGGCCACCCAACGCAGUACUUUCGGCAAAGGCUGCGGCCACGCCCACCCCCACCGCCCUCGGAAAUGGCAAAAAUUAGUGCAAAUUGUAUUUAUUUUGAGGCAAAGUUCCAGCCGCAUCCGUAUUGCGGAGAUCUGGCUAUUGUUUAUACAUUUUUAACAAUUAAUUAUACAACUACUACAACGACCCACAACCCAGAACACCGAUAACCGAAAACCGAAAACCGAAAAUUGAGGACGGACGAAGAAUGGAAACGGCAACGGCAACGAUGGCGGAUUACAAAUGAACGGAAGACCAUGGACAGAUUUUAGUGUUAAAAAGACAUUAUUUACUAAAAACUACAAAAAAAUGAAGAGCUAAGAUCAAGAACAAAAACUAAAACCAAAUGCAAAUAAGGCGAAUAAACUAUGUUGCUUAUUUUUUGAAGCAAGCCCCCUAACCAUAAACAAAUUAAUGUUGCAUUCAAUUUCCGCUAUAUCCACAAAAUCGAUGUUGUUAAUCGCCCCGAAUAAUUGUCGAGGGAAAAGCUUGUGUUAAUACCAUAACCUAUUAGAAAUAUAUAUUGCGUAUGCGGAAGGAUAACUGAGAAGCAUAUGAAAGCCAAAGGAAAUUGGCCAGAUGCACAGCUAGGAAUGUUUGAUGUGCAUAUAUUGAUAUGUAUAUAUAUUAAUAUUGAAAUAGCGAGGCGCAAGUCACCGAUUUGUAUAGUGAUCAAAGAAUAUAUAGAUACCCGGGGACCGUAAAUCAUUUUUCGGCCAUCUAUGUAGAGAAUAAGGUCAAAUGGAAAACGAUGUACAGUAGUUUGCUGCUAUUUAACAGCCUAUCAGAAUAUAUAUUUUCUGAAUUGCAUAUCACGAUAAUUUAAAAUGCAAAAAUAUUUGUAAUCAGAAUUUGAAUUGUGCUACACAAGAGCUAAGCAUCAGUAUACUUUAACUUAUCCUUUAAAUUUAAAUGCUGUUUUAAAUAUUUUGAAAUGCUGAUUUGGCAAAGCUUCAGUUGUUCGGACAACCAUCGUUUGAUAUUGAUUUGUUUUACUACAUUUUCUAUAUUAGGUUAUAAAAAGAAAAACACAUUUGUUACAUUUACCACCUAUAAUUAAAAUGUAUUUUGUGGGCUAUAGCCUAACUUGCUUAGUGCAUUACAUCAUAGCAUUGAAAACUCUUCCAAAAUAAACAAAUAGCACAAUCCA